AGAGACUGGAAUGAAGAAUUGCAGACCACAAGGGAACUGCCUCGCAAAAACUUGCCUGAAAGACUUCUGCGUGAGAGAGCCAUAUUUAAGGUCCACAGUGACUUUACAGCAGCUGCUACCAGAGGUGCUAUGGCUGUUAUUGAUGGCAAUGUCAUGGCUAUCAACCCCAGUGAGGAAACAAAAAUGCAAAUGUUUAUCUGGAACAACAUUUUCUUUAGUUUGGGUUUUGAUGUCCGGGAUCACUAUAAGGAUUUUGGUGGGGACAGUGCUGCCUAUGUUUCCCCUACAAAUGAUCUAAAUGGGGUAAGGACAUACAAUGCUGUUGAUGUAGAAGGGCUUUACACCUUGGGUACAGUGGUGGUAGAUUACCGUGGUUACAGAGUUACUGCACAAUCCAUCAUUCCUGGAAUUUUGGAGCGAGAACAAGAACAGAGCGUAAUUUAUGGAUCCAUAGAUUUUGGCAAGACAGUGGUUUCCCACCCAAAAUAUUUGGAGCUUUUGGAGAAGACAAGUCGUUCCCUUAAGAUCCAGAAACACAAAGUCCUAAAUGAUAAGGAUGAGGAAGUGGAGCUGUGCUCCUCAGUUGAGUGCAAAGGCAUAAUUGGCAACGAUGGACGUCACUACAUUCUAGAUCUGCUACGCACCUUCCCUCCUGAUCUCAAUUUUCUCCCUGUGGAAAAUGAGGAGUUGCCGGAGGAGUGUAAGAAAAUGGGAUUUCCUAAAGAGCACAGACAUAGACUGUGCUGCCUUCGCCAAGAACUUGUGGAUGCUUUUGUAGAGCACAGAUACCUCUUAUUCAUGAAGUUAGCUGCCAUGCAGCUGAUGCAGCAGAAAAACUCCAUACGGGAGAAUUUAAAUGCUUUGGGAAAUGGGGAUUCAGCUUCCUCAUCUGAUGCCAAUACCAAAACUGAGGAUACGGAGCACAUAGAUGGCGAAGCACGGAUUAAAGAGCUGGAAGAGAGCAUGGAAUCUCAUAAUGAAGCAGGUAAGCAACUUUUCUCUAACUCAUUGGAUUAG